AUGGCCGGUGGUGGCGGUCCUUCCUCUGGCACUGUAGAGCCUCCUCUGAGUCAAGCUUAUGGCUAUGGUAUCGUCGUGGGCUUGGGGUUCCUAUUCGCCCUCGGCAUGAUCUUCACCACAUAUGUUUUGAAGAAGUACAACUCUGAGAAGCAGACGUCGGAAAUGUUCAACACGGCCGGACGAACUGUCAAGUCUGGUCUUGUCGCUUCAGCUGUUGUUUCAAGCUGGACAUGGGCUGCUACUCUGCUUCAAUCCUCUGGCGUUGCUUACCGCUAUGGUGUCUCGGGCCCAUUCUGGUAUGCUUCUGGUGCAACAGUCCAAAUCAUUCUUUUUGCGACAAUUGCCAUAGAGUUGAAGAGAAGAGCGCCAAACGCGCAUACUUUCCUUGAGGUUAUCCGAGCUCGCUAUGGACGUAUCACCCACUGCGUGUACAUCUGCUUCGGCCUCUUCACCAACAUUCUCGUCACUGCUAUGCUUCUGACUGGUGGUUCUGCUGUGGUCACAUCUCUUACUGGCAUGCACACUGCUGCUGCUUGUUUCUUGCUGCCUCUUGGUGUUGUUUUGUACACCAUGUUCGGAGGAAUCAAGGCCACUUUCCUGACUGACUACAUACACACUGUCAUAAUCCUUGUGAUAAUCCUCAUUUUCUCACUUACUGCUUAUGCAACUGGCACUGAGUUGGGAUCUCCCAGUGAAGUCUACGAUGCUCUUACCAAGGCCGCAGCAGCUCAUCCUGUCGAAGGAAACGCUGAAGGGUCUUACCUCACCAUGAGAUCCCGUGAGGGCAUCAUCUUCUUUGUUAUCAACAUCGUUGGAAACUUCGGUACAGUUUUUUUAGACAACGGAUACUAUAACAAAGCCAUCGCCGCCCACCCAGUUGCUGCACUCCCUGGAUAUAUCAUCGGCGGUCUGUCCUGGUUUGCCAUUCCCUGGCUCUGUGCGACUACCAUGGGUCUCAGCGCCCUGGCUCUUGAGACAAGCCCAUCAUUCCCUACCUACCCUAACCGUAUGGAUCCCGCAGAUGUAUCGGCCGGUCUUGUUCUGCCCUACGCUGCUGUUGGUCUGUUGGGCAAAUCUGGUGCUAUUUGCACAUUGAUCAUGAUCUUCAUGGCCGUCACCUCCGCUACAUCAGCUCAGCUCAUUGCUGUCUCUUCCAUCUUCACCUACGAUGUUUACCAAACCUAUAUAAACCCCCAGGCCUCUGGCAAGCGACUCAUCGCCAUCUCGCAUACGACUGUCGUUAUGUACGGUAUCAUUAUGGCCAGUUUCAGUGUUGGUCUUCAUUAUGCAGGCAUUUCGAUGGGCUGGUUGUACUUGUGGAUGGGCGUCAUGAUCUCGGCUGCCGUUAUCCCAGCUACUCUAACUCUUCUGUGGAAGCGCCAGAACUGGAUCGCCGCCGCUGUCUCCCCCAUCCUUGGUCUUAUCUGUGCUCUAAUCGCUUGGACUGUUACAUGCUCCAAGGAGUUUGACGGUGUUCUCAGUAUUGAUAACCUGGGCUCCAACAACCCCAUGCUCGCAGGAAAUGUCGUCGCGCUUCUGAGUCCUUUGAUCUUCGUACCUGUCCUGACUUUCGGUUUUGGCUCCGAUAGUUACGACUGGGCCUCUAUGGCGGCUAUCAAGCAAGCAGAUGACGUUAGCGAUUCCAAUGGAGAUUCGGAGACAGCUGUAGUCACCAGCUUUGCUGUGGCACCCGAGGAAGACAUGGCCAAGUUGAACAGGGCGUCCAAGAUUGCCAAGACAAUGACGGUCUGCAUGUCAGUGGCAUUCCUGAUUCUUUGGCCAAUGCCCAUGUAUGGGACGUCCUAUGUAUUCUCCAAGCCGUUCUUCACUGGAUGGGUUACUGUGGGUAUCAUCUGGCUGUUCUGCAGUUCGAUUGCUGUCGGUCUGUUCCCUCUCUGGGAGGGUAGAAAGAGUCUUGUUCGCGUCACGAAGGGCAUGUUUGGAAUGGGAGGAAAACACGACACGGAAGAGAUUCAGGGACAAUCUGUGAAGGAGGAGAAGAUUGACGAGUUUGAUAAGCAGUAG